AUCCUUAACAGAACUGCUUGCUCUAUGAAACCGAUGGUUCAGCUGGCCAAUUUCGUUUCCAGAGCUGCUUUUCUACGACUCACAACUUAUUCGAAGUCAACAGCGUCGUGAUUCUACGGCCGAUUGACGUAUGUACGAGGCCUUGGCUCAUACAUUGGUGUCUGUAGAAAAUGAUAUUGUAAUUUCUAGGGCUUCGGCGUUGUGUUGUAUCCCUGCAGAUUGCGGUUGUUCAUUGUGGCGUUUGUCUAGCUCGGAGUGUCGCGUCGGGGGUCGAUUCUGGAUUUUGGGUUGUUGUCUACGUUUUCGAUUUUGCUUGUGUUGGAGAGCUGUGUAGAGUCCGGACCUUGGUUUGACAUUCCUUUACUGCAAACAAUUUCCUGCAUGUCGGUUGUCACCACGAAGCCGUUGCGAUCAUACUAACCUUGCGAAAAUUCUUUACGAGCCAUGGGGUCGUUGUCACGUUUGAAAACAUUGAAGCGGACCUCAGACUGGAGAACAUUACGCAGGAAUGUCCAGUUUAAUUCCUUCCGAGCGGAUCGCUCAUUUGUUGCCUCGGUAACAUUUGGAAUACCUUCGGAUAUUGAUCUCCGUAUUCAACCCGCUUCGGGACCUCUUGACUCGGGCGGAACGCAUUUCCGACUGGAUUACAGUGCAAAGAGUGGAGAUUUGGAGCGUGUGAAUCAGCCAGCUUGGCGCCAAAUGCUUGGGAGGGGAUCUCAAGGUUUUAAUCCGAACCUUCAUAGAUAUCUGUCUUCACAUGCAUCCUCCACACAAGUGCCACGGGAGAGAGUGGAGUGCGUGAUUGUGGGCGCGGGUGUCGUGGGGCUUGCGAUUGCAAGAGAGCUUUCUUUACGAGGGCGCGAGGUUUGGGUGAUAGAGGGAGCAACUGACAUUGGAACGGGCAUAAGUUCUCGCAACAGUGAGGUCAUACAUGCCGGCCUCUACUACCCAAAAGGGUCCCUCAAGGCAAAACUGUGCGUAGAAGGAAAGGAUGCGUUGUAUGCAUAUUGUCAGGAAUACGGAAUACCAUUCAAGAAAACAGGAAAAUUGGUUGUUGCCACUCAGUCUCAACAAAUCCCUAUGUUGGAAAAUAUCUUGAAUGCUGGAAAAUCCAAUGGUGCCCAUGAUUUGCGACUUUUGGAGUCCAAUGAUGUUCGAAACAUGGAACCUGAAUUGGAAUGCGUAAAGGCAUUGUGGUCGCCUUCAUCAGGGAUUGUGGACUCUCACUCCUUCAUGAUCUCACUGCAGGCAGAUGCAGAAGAGCACGGGGCGUCAUUUGCAUAUAACACAUCGAUGUUGCGAGGUGCUGUUACGAAAAGAAACAUUGAGAUUCAUGUUGGUAGUACCGAGGCUCUCACGCCUUCUUCUGGAAAAGGAGUCGAUGCAGUAUUGUGUGCAAAUUAUGUCGUAAAUGCCACUGGUCUCUAUGCCCAGUCAUUUGCAAGAAACUUGGAUGGCUUGCCUGUGGACAGUAUCCCUGCGAGCCAUUUUGCAAGGGGCUGUUAUUUCAGCUUACCAGGGGUGAAGGCUCCAUUCUCGCAUCUGAUUUAUCCUAUCCCUGAAGAUGGGGGUCUGGGCUGUCAUGUCACUUUGGAUCUUGGAGGUCAAAUUCGGUUUGGACCAGAUGUUCAGUGGCUUCCCGAAUUGACAAACAGCGUAUCGCUUUUCACACAGUUUGACUAUUCAGUGGACCCUAAGAGAGCAGAUAGAUUCUAUUCCGAAAUACGCAAGUACUAUCCUUCUUUGCCUGAUGGAUCAUUACAGCCUAGUUACUCUGGCAUCCGCCCCAAAAUUUCUGGUCCUGGCCAGCCAUCUGCUGACUUCCUGAUACAGGGAGAAAAGGAUCAUGGAGUUCGAGGUCUUGUGAAUUUAUAUGGAAUCGAAUCACCUGGACUUACAUCUUGCUUGGCAAUUGCCAAGACGGUUCAUGCGAUGCUGAUGGACCAAGAGUGCUAAGCAGAGAUGGGCGUCGUAUUUUUUUUGAAGUUUGGGUACCCAUGUCAUACCACAUGUCCCUGAAAUGUAAAGGACUCUCUUUGCCUGCCAUCUAGGCCACUGCUCCCUCUUGCCUCUCGCCUCCCACUGCAGGAUGUCCCUCAGUGACGAAACCGGACAUUUAACUGCUGCCAAAUCCUGUCUUGGAGUAAUUAUUCUGUCGAUACCAAGCAAGUUGUGUCGCAGACUGGAUUUCAGUGAGGAACUUCUGAGGUGUUUCAAACACCAGAUUUACUUUUCCACCACUGUGGGUGAACAGAGCAGUACAAUGUACUUUGAGUUCACCUAUACCCUGAAUCAAGCUGGACCUCUGAUAAGGAA